AUGAUGCCCAGCUUGGUUCUUGGACUUGCCCAGGUUCUGCCAUCCACCUUGGCCAGAUGCCUGCCCACCAUGGCCUGGUUACUCCCUGCCAGGCUACAGCCAUGGAGGACGUUCAGUACCUCUCGACUGCUCCAAGAUGAAGUUCAAGAUUCCGGUCCCCAGCAGCAGCUGACUGUGAAUUUCAUAAACCACCUGGGGAAGAAGAUCACCGUUCCCGUGAAGGAAGGUCAGAACAUGCUCCAGUUGGUGCAAAAACACAACUUGAACUUCCCAGGCUUCGGGGCUUGCAGAGGGACUCUGGCCUGUUGUACCUGCCACCUCAUCCUGGACAAGGAAGUCUUCCACAAGCUGGAUCCUGUCUCCGAAAAUGAGCUGGACAUGUUGGACCUGACCUGUGGUGUCACAGCCACAUCCCGUCUGGGUUGCCAGCUGUGUAUGACCAAAGACAUGGAUAAACAGAAUAUCUGGGUCCCGAAGGGAGUCACUGAAUCCUACACACCCCAGUAA